CUCAGAUCGACGUCACAGAGCUGUGAGUUCCAGAAAGAUUUAGAGGCAGUAGAAGUUGCUGCAUCUACAGUUUUGAGUCCGAUUUUGAGUUUGAUGUGCGAGGUCUCUUUAUCGAUUCAUUAGACUAAGUUUGUGAUAUUAGCACCACAGAAAAAUCAUUGUUUUUCCAAGAAAAUGGUACGUCGUGGGAGGCCUCCACGUGCAGAAGGUGUCGUGGAGGGGCCGGAUACUUCGGUGGCUCCGGUGAUCGAAGCAAGGGAGGAGGAGGGGGACGAGCACUCCGGAGAAGCAGCUUCAACUUUGGAACAGGUGGGAUCGCGAGUGUCGGUUGACGAUGAGCCAUCGCCCGCAGACGAUGGAAGUAGUGCUAAUGCAGCAGAGACCAGUGCGUGGCAAGAGCUCGUGGUUGCAGUGCGGAAGUUACAAAAGGCUACUGUAAAGAAAAAUGAAACUGGAAUUACUCAGUUGGAUUCGGGUCUAUCAAUUCGAGACGAGCUCUACAGACUCAAAGAAAUGCGCAAAGCGCUUGAGCGUCAAUUUCAUUCUGAUCAUGAUGGAUUGAAUCCUGCAACAUCUUCAACACUGAACAAAAUGAAAGAAGAAAUGGAGACUAUUCUUGCACAGAUAUCAGAAUGAAAAAUAUUGCCUUGCUGGUGAACAGCUUAAAUGAAUAAAUUCUUCGGUUAUGAAAAACUGAGAAAUCUACAUCCAGCAUGCGCCGAUAAGAACAAUAACAGCAAGUAUCAACUACAAUGGGCACAGGGAC